AUUUGGCACGUUACCUGUGCUGAAUGUGCCGAAAAGAACUCACGAUACUCCUAAACCGAAACAAAGAACUCCUCGCUCUGUAGUGAAAGAUCAUUUGCCAGUGCCACGACAGGCCGUGUAUAAGAACUUCAAAGAACUGUGUCAACGAACAUCAGGGCUAAAGAACUUAAACGACUGGAAUAUGAAGUUAAUGAACGACAGAUUUGUUGUAAAAAAGAUGCUGGACCCUUUCCUCAUUCCAGAAUUUUAAAUUAUUAUCGAUGACAGCCUUGGCUUCACAAUUAAAGUUUUUGGAUGCUUUUUGCCUGAAGAUCAUGCACUGUAUCUUGAAAACCUAAGGUCAACCAGGCAUGUGACUGUAUCCGAACUUGUAAAAAAGCUAGAAAGCUAUAAACUGUGCAGUGGGGUGCAACCUGGUGAGCUGACAAGCAAGCUUUUCCAUCAUGUCAUACCUUUGAGUGCUGAUCCACUGUGUGAAGAUGAUCCAGGUCAGCUUUUCCCCAUCAAAGGCUACUGGAGACUGAAGGACUGUUCAGUAAUGUGCGAUGAAGAGGAGUCUGUUUGCGAACCUUGUAGUGAGUAUCUUACAAGUGCCAUGAAGGUAAGAAAAGUAAAAGAGAGACGACUUGCUACACCUGCCCAUGUGAAAGCACCAGUGUCAAAAACAAAUCCGGAAAGGCUAAAACUGACCUUGCAAAGCCAACGCUUAAGAUGUGCUGAACUUGAAGAAAAACUUAAUGAAAUGAGCAUGGAGAUUCAGAGAAAUAGCAUUGAAGUUGAUCAUGAACUCAGCAAUGAUUUUGCAAGUAUUCUCAGUGAUGCAGAUAGGGAAAUCACACCAUUUAUGAGCCUGUUCUGGCAACAGCAGAAGAAGUUAUUUGCCAGUACGGCCAAAGGUGUCCGUUACCACCUCAUGACUAUCAGAUUCUGUCUGUCGCUUGCCGCCAAGUCUCCUGCAUGCUACGAAGAGCUGCGGAACAGCAACGUCCUAGUACUACCUAGUCAGCGUCGUCUUAAAGACUACCGCAAUUUCAUCAAGCCAAAGAGGGGUUUUCAGGAGGAAGUUGUUGAAGAGCUAAAAACUCAAACUAAUUCCUAUUUUGACAUUCAAAGAUAUGUGGUAUUGCUGUUUGAUGAGAUGAAGAUAAUGGCAAACCUUGUACUGGAUAAAGUGACAGGUGAACUUAUUGGUUUCACUGAUCUUGGAAAUCUAGAACUGAACUAUGGUGUACUAGAGAAGGUAGAUGAAAUUGCUACUCAUGCCCUAUAGCCUUACUGGUACUUUGCAACAACUGGUGUUACUGCUGCCCAGCUGAUGCCUUUGUUCUGGGAGGCAGUUUGCAUCUUAGAAACCACCUGUAAUUUGUGGGUCAUUGGUACUACUUCUGAUGGUGCUUCACCAAACAGGAAGCUCUACAGACUCCACAAACCACUUGAUGGAGAUGCACCUCAUGAUGUGUGUUACCGGACCAUAAACCUCUUUGCACCUCACCGAUUUGUGUAUUUCUUUGCUGAUGCCCCUCACCUGGUAAUGACCACCAGAAAUUGUCUGCUUCACUCAGGCUCUGGAACAUGCACUAGGUACAUGUGGAACAAUGGACAAUUUAUCUUGUGGCAACAUAUCUCACACAUGUUUUAUCAAGACGUGGACAAUGGACUGAAACUGUUACCAAAGAUAACCUACGACCACAUCAACCUUAACUCAUACUCAGUUAUGCGUGUGAAUCUAGCCGCACAAGUGUUAAGUGCAACAAUGGCUGCUGUGCUUAAGACUUUUGGUCCUGCAGAAGCUGCAGCCACAUCAAAGUUUUGUGAGAUGGUGGAUGGCUUCUUUGAUUACUUGAAUGUGAGAAGUACAACAGAGCAUCAGAAGAAACGAAAACCUUUCCUUGCCCCAUACACAAGUCUUGAGGAUGAAAGAUUCCAAUGGCUACUGGAGUUCCUAGAUUAUUUAAAGAGAUGGAAAGAAAGCACAGAGAACAGGCCAGGAAAUUUCACACCGAAUGCCAGAAGUCGAAUGUUUGUCUCAUGGCACACUUACGAGGGAUUCCAAAUCAGCGUGCAUUCAGCUAUUGAGGCAGCAAAAUUCUUGCUUCAAGAAGGCAUGGAAUUUGUUCUUACCGAGCGAUUUUGCCAAGACCCACUGGCAGAGUACUUUGGCAGUCAAAGGAAACUUGGCCGACGAAAUGAUAAUCCAGAUAUCAAACAUUUGGGUACAACAACAACACUAUUCAAAUUCAGCGAGCAGUGUCCUGCCAAAGUGGAAACACAAGAGGGAGAAAGGACAAAAGGAGAAGUUGGGAGCAAGUUAUCGAUGACCCGCUACCUAGCCGAAAGAAACCCCGAAAGUGACAGUGACUAAUUUUUAACUUAGGCUCUAUUCUGGAAUUUAUGACUGUCCACAUCGAUAUAAUUAUGUAUAGAAGGCAGGGUUGUUCACAGCAUGAUUAAGCUAUUCCAGGACAAGUGAAGAUUUUUGUUGCAGUUUUUAACCUUUUCAGUGAGCUUUAUUUCUGUUUACAUUUUCUUACUUCCAGUUGACUUACCUCAAAUUCUAUAAAACAUACUAUCUGAUAAGGACAAUCUUUUUCCAGGGAAAUUGAACCCUCGAGCAAUGCUUAGUCCUGAUCUAGUGUUAGUCAGCUUUCAAACAACCCAGCCCAGAUUCCAUUCAUAAAUUAUUUGACCCGUUUGUACUGAAGAUGGAACUGAAUUUAUUGUUUUAUUUGACUUUUCAAUACAGUUAGGAAUUUUUAGUGACAACGAAAAUAGUACAAAUUUUAAGGACUGUGUCAAAACAAUGGUACCUUUGGUUUGAAUGAAUUUACUUGGCCCUUUAUAGUUGGCCAUUAAUCGCAUAGUGUGUUGAGGUUAAUGAAGACUUGAUUUUCAGUGUGCUUUUAUACAUUUCAGGAAAGUUUGUUUUUAAUUUUAAACAUUAGGCACUCAGUCCCAGAUCGAUCAAAAUAAAACUUCUGCUGCAAAUAUUUUAAAAUACAUCAAGCCUAUCUCAGACUAUGCCUCUGGACCAGUGUCAUGAAAGCUGAAAUGAAUUUAAGCAU